GUGGGUUCAACAGGAACUUGAAUUUUGAGAAAAACAUGACAAUGGAAGCUGUUGCAACAAAUGGACCAGCCCCGGAACAAAGGAAGAAUAGGAUUCAGGUUUCUAAUACUAAGAAACCACUCUUCUUUUACGUCAAUCUUGCCAAGAGGUAUAUCCAGCAGCACAAUGAGGUUGAACUUUCUGCUUUGGGAAUGGCAAUCACCACAGUUGUUACAAUUGCUGAGAUUCUGAAGAAUACUGGAUUGGCUACGGAGAAGAAGGUUUUGACAUCCACAGUUGGAAUGAAAGAUGAAUCGAAAGGUCGCAUGGUUCAGAAAGCCAGGAUUGAGAUUGUGCUAGGAAAGACGGAAAAGUUUGACGCACUGAUGAGUGCCAAGGGACCUGCAAAGGGAAGCAACAACACUCCAGAUGAGAAUCAUUAUGCUGCUGCUACCAUUGAUUUUGUUAACGAGAGGAAGCCACAGCAACGCAAUCAUCAAAGCUGCUAG